CGGUCCUGACGGUUUUGGACGCCAUAUUUUGCAGGGGUGCGCAGUCGCUGCCGGAGGUCGAGCUACAGACGCCAGGUUAUCCGCCAUGGCCACUCGGAACUGGAAUCUGGAGUGUAAGGUGUAUGUUGGUAACCUGGGCAACAGUGCUGCCAAGAAUGAGCUGGAGGCCAGCUUCAGCAAGUAUGGAAACCUGAGGAAUGUCUGGAUUGCCCGCAACCCACCUGGCUUCGCGUUCGUGGAGUUUGAGGACCCACGGGAUGCCGAGGACGCCUGCAGAGCCCUGGAUGGAACGCGGAUGUGCGGCGAGCGCGUGCGCGUGGAGAUGUCGUCGGGCAAGAGCCGCAAUCGCGGCGGCGGCAGCGGCGGCGGCAUGGGCGGCCGCGGCGGCGGAGCGCCGUACCGCAGCAGGUCGCCCGGCCGCCGCUCGAUGUCGCCGCGCCGACGCUCGCGCAGCCGCAGCCCGCGCGCCUCGCCCGUCUACGGACGCUACAGGAGGUCCCGGAGCCGUUCGACCAGCCCGCGCGCCUCGCCCGUUUACAACAACUACCGCAGGUCUCGCAGUCGCAGCUAGGAGCCGUCCCCUUCCACCCAUUGUGCACUGCCGAAGAGUUCGCCACAACGCGGGAUGACAUCAGUUACCUUGGAUUCUUCGGUUGAGUGUGCAUGGACGGCUGGGCGCAGGUCACUGAAUGCGCGUCCCGGCUCCUGCGUGGGACGCGGUGCCGUGCACGAGCCACCGGCGCCGACAUGGUGUUUGCCAGGGCGCCGGAGAGAUCGAGGGUGGUGCAAGACAACCGAAUGCGUCACAGUUUUCGUACCGAGGAUCGCGAAUUCAGGAUUGUCGUGGUUUUGCGGAGAGGCAUUGCAUCCUAUGGCACGCAUAUCUAGAUGUCGAAUGCAGUUUCGUGCACAAAGACCGCGCUAGUAACACAGACAAUUGUAAAUGUUGGUCAGUGGCAUCCGGUCAUCGCAGUUUUUUCGUCUUGGGAUUGCAUUAAGUGUGUUCUGGCUGCUGCCCGUGGGAGAAACAAAGGCGGCGGGCAGGAAGUGCGGCGUUGCGGUUGUGUUCCUCGCUUUUGCGACAGACGGUCCAACGCUGUGCGUAAUGGUUGAGUGGUGUUAAUAAACGAUCACCCAUGCCGCAU